GAUUACGCACAGAUGAAAACGUACGCGGUCAUGUUCAAAACAUCCAAACCACAGAAGUGAAUGAUAACCAGAAUAAAGGAGAAGCUAUUUUUUAUGGCCAGAGAGAAUCAGACGACAUUCGAUUAGUUUUAUUGGGAAGAACUGGAUCCGGAAAAAGUGCCACUGGAAACACCAUUUUGACAAAAAAAGAAUUUUUGUCUAAGGCUUCAGGAUCAUCGAUAACGGAACAAUGUCAAAUAGCGGUAAACCGAAAAGCUGGUCACAGAUAUUUUGUUGUCGACACUCCAGGCCUAUUUGAUACUAAACUCGCGCAUGGCGAGAUUACACAAGAGAUCAUUCGUUGCAUUCACAUGUCAACACCGGGACCCCACGCAUUUUUGCUAGUCCUUAGAUUAGAUCGCUUUACACAAGAGGAAAUUGAUACCUUUACCUGUUUAUUUGAAUUAUUUGGAGAGAAGAUGAGUUCGUAUGCAGUUAUAGUCUUUACGAGACUGGAUGACUUAGAAGACGAAAAUACAAACAUUGAAGAGUUUAUAAAAAACUCGAAUCAAAGCCUCAAACAUUUCAUAAACAAGGUUGAAGGUAGAUAUGUUGCUUUUAACAAUAGGGGUACAGAGGAGCAAAAAAGUCAACAAGUAUCAAAUUUAAAUAAAACAUUAAUAAACAUGAUACAGAAAAAUGGUGGAAAUCAUUACACCAACAAGAUGUAUGAAGAGGCAGAAGCUCACUUGCGACAAAAAAUACAAGAAGUUGAAAGGUUAAAAGCCCUAGAGAAACAGAAGGAAAUUGAAAAAAUUGAAUCCAAGUUUAAAGGUACAAUGUCGGCACUAAAAUCUAAUAACAAUAUGUUAGAGAAAGACCUCAGAAAACAAAAAGAAGCCAAUGCAAAUAUCCAGUCAGAAAAAGAGAAAUCACAAGCUAUAAUUCAAGGUAUGCAUCAUGAAAUGAAAAUCACGAAAAAGAAUUAUUCGAAGCAAAAAAAGAAGCAAAACGAAUAG